UCCUUCCCCAUCCCCGUUCCUCUCCCUUUCCUCACCCCCCUUCGCUCCCCCUCACCGUUUCUCCCACCCUCCUUCCGCCCUGCCCCAUUUCCACAGCCUGAGGAGCCCCCUUCCCACCAGCUGCAGGAUGGGCACCGUUCCCACCACGCGCUUGGGGAUCCCUUCAAGUCUAGCCCCCCUUUGCUGCACAUUCGCACCCAGAGCAAUCCGUGAGCUGCCAGGACAGUAGGUGCCAUUCUCCCGGCGUACCGUGUAGUAACUGCAAAAACCGUGACACUGGGGGCCCCAAAGCACAACGUGGGUUAACAGUAAUAAAGAACAGUCUAGGUCAGGCUGGGCAUCAGAUCCCUGCCCAUCCAGUGACUGAGAGCCUGGUACUGAGAACUGAAUCAUGAUCCUGUGGCAGCAUAGAAUACUACCACCACCAUACUACCUAGUGACAGCAUUAUGGUUCUUGGGGGGUCCCCAAGCAAGAACAUGGCCUAAAGCUGCUGGAAGCGAAUAUCAAACCAUGGGUUGCUGCCCAGUCAGGGCAGUAAAUGUCUAUUCCAAGGUCUCAUCACAUCACAUUCUUUCCAAGGCAACACUGUAUUCAGAAUCCAUGAUUCCAGCAAGCCACAAAGACUCUCCUACUAAAAUCAGAAUAUGUCUAGAAAUGAAGACACCUAUGUGGAGUCCUGUACAACACUUUCCUGACAAGUUUCUUUGUGGCCUGAUUGUCACAGCCAGUCUUUUCCUUCUCUCAGAAACAAAUUUCCUGAAAGGAAAAAAACUGGAUUUAUUUGGAAGGAACGAUAAGUAUGUCUCCUUGGCCAACACCAGCAUCCCCUCACUAUGCCAAUUCACUGUGUGCAUUGAUCUAUACAGAAGCACAAAUGUCAGUUCUUGGACAGCAUUUUCGUACCAUACAAACAACAGCAACUCCACUGACAUAUAUGAUCUCGAGCUCGGACUCUGCGGUGAAAACAAACAUCUAAGACUGUAUCUUUUUGGCACAACGAUAGACAUUGAACUUGAUUUAAUUCUUUUUAUAUGGCACAGUGUGUGCUGCAUAUGGGAUGGUAAUAAGGGACUGCUGCAAGUCUACCACAAUGGCAGCUUAUUGUCUGAUAAAGUGAUUAAUGGAACCAGGUGCCUGGAACCAGCCGGGAGCUUGGUGCUAGGGCAUUUGCACAAAAUCCAGAAUGGCAAUAUUGUUCGGGGCAGCAGCAGCUUCAUUGGCAGCUUGUACUACUUUCAACUGUGGGACAGAAUCAGAGAGCAGAGUGAGUUAAAGACAUGUUCCCCAGGAAAUAUUGUCAGCUGGAGGGAGGAUUAUUGGCACUUUGACAACAUAGUUCCAAUCGCUGACCCUCAACUGCGCUGCGGCUCAGAGGAAGCAUCAUCAACAGCUGCUACUACAUUAUCUGCACCCACAUCUACUAAUGGUAGCACUCCAACUUUCACUGGAGUUGCAACAACUGAAGAUACAACCAUAUCUGUACCUGAGCCAACAGAGAUGACAAGAGCCGAAUCCUCUACUACUGCUGCAACACCUCAAGCACCCGAGACCACAUUAACGGUUAACCCGGAUGGGACCACACAUACACUCCUAUCCUCUUCCACAACAUCAACACCCAGUACCUCAGUUACCGUGCCCGGGACUACGCAGCCAUUGACAUCUGCUGGGACCACAGCGUCACCCACCUCCUCUUCCAUAACAUCAACACCCAGUACCUCAGUUACCGUGCCCGGGACUACCCAGCCAUUGAUAUCUGCUGGGACCACAGCGUCACCCACCUCCUCUUCCACAACAUCAACGCCCAGUACCUCAGUUACCGUGCCCGGGACUACGCAGCCAUUGACAUCUGCCGGGACCACAGCUUCACCCACCUCCUCUUCCACAACAUCAACGCCCAGUAUCUCAGUUACCGUGCCCGGGACUACGCAGCCGUUGACAUCUGCCGGGACCACAGCUUCACCCACCUCCUCUUCCACAACAUCAACGCCCAGUACCUCAGUUACCGUGCCCGGGACUACGCAGCCGUUGACAUCUGCCGGGACCACAGCGUCACCCACCUCUUCUUCCACAACAUCAACGCCCAGUACCUCAGUUACCGUGCCCGGGACUACGCAGCCAUUGAUAUCUGCCGGGACCACAGCUUCACCCACCUCCUCUUACACAACAUCAACGCCCAGUACCUCAGUUACCGUGCCCGGGACUACGCAGCCAUUGACAUCUGCCGGGACCACAGCGUCACCCACCUCCUCUUCCACAACAUCAACGCCCAGUACCUCAGUUACCGUGCCCGGGACUACGCAGCCAUUGACAUCUGCUGGGACCACAGCGUCACCCACCUCCUCUUCCACAACAUCAACGCCCAGUACCUCAGUUACCGUGCCCGGGACUACCCAUCCGUUGAUAUCUGCUGGGAUCACAGCUUCACUCAAACCUAAUGAGACUGUUCCUACCUCCAAACCUGGUGAGGUAACAUCACAACCUAUUGUAACUACAUCUAUCACUAAACCUACUUGUAUUCUGCCUGUUUCCAGAACAACAGUGACAACCUUAUCUACAGAUACCAAAACCACAUCCAAACCCGCCAAAUCCACAUCUGUAUCUACACCUGAUCUGUCUACUACAGUAAAAUCAGAUAAAAAAGUUACCUUCUAUGACAUCAAAAUGAACUUUUCUCUCGUCUACGAAACUCAGAGAACUCCUGAUUAUUAUGAUGCAAAGAACUUUGCUAAAAACUGGUUCAAUGCCAGAUUGCCUGAAGGUGAAUGUGUUGUGACAGAUUAUUAUGUAAAAACUGCAGGCAGAUACAGGAAUAAUUCUCCAGGAGGAAGUGUCCAUGGGAGAGCUGAUAUGGAAGAAAAGCAGAAUUCACAAAGAAAACCCAGGAGUGAUUGCUCAAGAGAGGUUUCAGUGCUGUACCAUGCUUUGGACACUACUGGGCCUGCACAAGAAGAGACUGCAGGCAAUACUCUCCCAGCUGAGACUGCCAUAACCAGCUAUGCCUCCAAAGCCAUCAUAAAAGCCACAUCCACUCACCCACAAGAAGACUUGAUCAUCAUGAUAAAAGAAAGGUUGCAGAGGAAGUACAAAGAGGGGCCCUUCUCUGUAUCUGUGGAACCUGAAGAUAUGAUUGUCAGUCCAAUUGCUCCAGGUACUUGCCCAGAAGAAUGUAGGUUAACCUACAAAGGGAAAUAUCUGUGGACACAGACUAAUCCUGCUAGCACAACUGAAUUAAGAUGUGUGAAAAAUUCUAAGCACUCUGCCACCAGGAGUUGCAGGAUAAAUAUUAAGAGUGGGAAAGCUUAUUGGGGAAGACCAAAUAUGACACAAUGUAAAUUGCUGGAAGAACUUCCAAAUAAUAUUGUGGGUCUUAACAACAUUACCAUAACAGAAGAAAAUGCAGCGGAUGUUGCAGAGCACCUUUUAAAUCUGAUGAAAAACUUUACUAAAUUGGAUGAGGUAGAAACUGAGGUUAUUGUAAACAAAGUCUCGGCUAUUUCAAAGUGUGAUGAGAUAAGCAAGCCACUUGCUGAGACUAUAUUAAAAAUACUGAACUCUGUUUUGCUGAAAGAAAUGAAUACACAGGACUUGCAAACAGCCACCAAUAGAAUCUUAAGGACAACUGAAGAGAUAGGUUUCAAGAUGCCGUUUACUGGGAGAAAUGAAUCAGUAGUAUUGGCUGUACUGGCUUUGGCUGUGAUACGUCCAGAUCCCAGUGGUUUCCAAGGAGCAGCCUUUGGUGUUACCUCAUAUAAGAAAGGCAUUGAUCUCACGAUUGAUAUACGUGAAAAACCUUUUAAAAAGGCCUGUGCUGCUGUGUUUUUGCCAAGAUCGCUGAGGAACUACUUGGGGAGCCAUUCUUUAGAUCCAGAACAUUAUUCAAAGAUUCAGUUUAUUUUUUUUGGAACAACUUCGUUCUUUGUGGAUGACAGUUGGAGGAAUGAAAAGUUGAACACCUAUGUUGUGAGUGCCAGCAUUGAAAAUGUAUCAAUUCACAACCUCAGUGAGCCAGUGAAUAUUAUUCUACAGCAUAUAGAACCAAACACGGACAAUGCUACAGUGCACUGUGUGUUUUGGGACUUUAUGAAGAACAAUGGACUGGGUGGUUGGAAUACAUCAGGGUGUGAAGUGAAACACAAAGAUAUGUAUUACACAAUCUGUUAUUGUAACCAUCUUACCCAUUUUGGAGUGUUGCUGGACUUAACCCGGAGAAAGAUAGAUGGUGUGAAUAAUCGCAUAUUAACUCUGAUAACCUAUGCAGGAUGUGGAGCCUCUGCCCUUUGCUUGGGGGUAGUGCUGGUGAUGCACCUAACUCUUGACAAGCUUCGCAGAGAUUAUCCUUCAAAAAUCCUGCUAAAUCUCUGCACUGCACUGCUGAUGCUAAACCUGAUAUUCCUGGUCAAUUCCUGGCUGUCAUCAUUUAACAACCGUGGCCUGUGUAUCACAGUGGCUGUGUUCCUUCAUUACUUUCUGCUUGCAGCCUUCACAUGGAUGGGCCUGGAAUCUCUUCACAUGUACUUUGCUCUCAUCAGAGUCUUCAGUACAUACAUUCCAAACUAUAUACUGAAAUUCUGCAUUGCUGGGUGGGGAAUACCAGCUGUUGUAGUUGCUACUCUCCUCAUUAUAAAUACGGACUUUUAUGGCAAGAACUCACUCACUUUUUUCUGCUGGAUUCAAGAUGAUGUUGUCUUUUACAUCUCCAUUGUCGCCUAUUUCUGCUUAAUAUUUCUGAUUAACGUAGUGAUGUUCAUCAAUGUUCUUCUUCAAAUUCAUAUCAUGAAAUCAAAGCAGCAAAGAAAAUCCAAGAACUGGAAGCAGAGCUUUCUUCAUGAUCUGCGGAGCACGGUCAGCCUAUCAUUCUUACUCGGCUUAACCUGGGGUUUUGCCUUUUUUGCCUGGGGAUCAGCAAGGAUUUUUUUCUUGUAUGUCUUCGCCAUUUGUAACACACUGCAAGGGCUCUUUAUCUUUGUGUAUCAUUGCCUGAUGAAAGAGACGGUGAGGAAGCAGUGCCGAGUGCACUUUUGCUGGGGGAGGUUUCGGCUCAAUAAUUAUUCUGAUUGGAGCAGGGCAGGAACAUCUACGGGACAUAAACCAAGAAAUUUAGAGCAUAAACUAUCAUCGCAUUCUUUGAAAUCAACCAAGUCUCUGAAGUCUAAUGCAACAAGCUCAACUUCCAAUGGUUCAGGCUCCUUACCGGAGACGUCUUUGGAUAUGGACUUGAGAGCAGCUGAGGUGCAAUACACCAGGCUCUGUAACUCCGUCUGCUUAUCAGGGAAAACAUCCUCGGGCAAGAAGAAUAUCACCUGUGGAUCUAUAACUGCACAGUAUGCAGAAAACUAAGUUUUUGCAGUGAUACCCAACCUGUUUUUUUCUGCUUAGCUGAAGACUGUCCUUUUUUGUGGCCUGUACAAAUAAAUGUUUGUCCAAGUAUUUAUUUUUUUAAUUAUAAAAUAAGCAUUCUGAAGAUUGUUAUAGGGCUAAAGUCCUGCUCAUGCAACCCUUUUGGCUUUAAUGGUGCACAUGUGGGGAGAAUUUGGCCCUCUCGUGUGUGUGGUGGUUGCAGUAAGCCCCUGAUGUUAAGUCUUGAUUUGAUAAUGGAAUGCUGCUGAAUGAUGAUGUAUGUGACACAAAGAUCCAUUAAUGAUUUUUGUAACUGUCUGAUUUAAUUGUUAAUUAGCAUCAGCAGAUCAAACCAUGUUCAGAUCCAAAACCUACACUUAAUAAAAUGCAGAACUGGUAAAAAACAUAGGCUUGGAGUUUCCCAGUAAGAAGAACAUGAAACAGUAAUUCUGGAUGUAUAAAAAUGCCUCCUUUUUAGAGAGUGGCAAACUUUAUGGAUUGUGAGGCCAUGUCUACACUAUACACUAUGGUCGAUGCAAGUUACAUCAGUGUAAAGCCGCUGCAGUUAGUAUAUUGCUCACGUGCAUGCUGAGACGUGAGUGGCAAUUGCACUCUGGAAGCUUGCAAUGCCAGAUUGCUACCGGUCAGUGGGAAAUCAUUUUGGAGUUAGAAAAUCCAGUGAGGGCUGUUGCCAUGCAAGUGCAGGGCCAUUAAUCAUCUCCUGUUAUGCAGGACUGUCUUGGCAAUGUGCAUGGAUGGACUGGGAGCUAUGGGGUUUCUGACCUGUGCUGGGGUGACAACCAGCCCGCACAUCCCUAUUUUGGCACCAGUCCACCUUGCCACAGAGUACAUCAACAGAAAGGGCUAUUUUGAUAUGGUUAUGUGAGUAUUGGUGGAUCAUGGGAGACGCAUCACUGAUAUCACGUGGGCUGUUAAGGGAAGGUGUAUGACACUCAUAUCUUUAAGAACACAGGACUGCGUGGACGCUUGCAAGCAGGGACAUUCUUUCCUGACCGAUGGAUUACUACUGGCAAUGGUGAAAUGUGAAUAGUGAUCUUGGCUGGACCCAGCUUACUCCUUGCUCAUGAAACCGCACACCCGCAACCUUGAAUCAAGAAAAGAUGGCUAUGCAGGUGCAGAAUGACAGCUGGGAUGCUGGCAUUGUUUACUCACAAGACUGGAUCUGAGAGAGAAAAAUAUCUCAAUGGUUACAGCUGCCUGCUGUGUCCUACAUAAUAUCUGUGAGACAAAGGUAGAAAAGUUUCUGCUGGGGUGAAGGUGGAGCAGCUGUUUGGUGAGUUUGAACAGCCAGACACAGUGGACAUAAUGUGGCUGAGGGUGGCCUAGAGAAGCACCUUAACCCCCAGCCACAGUAAUGUGGUAUGGUAGAGCGUGCUCUGCCUGGCCCUGCAGUUUUGAGGGUGGUUACGAACUGUGGAGUGCUUGGUGUACAUGUAAGAAUACCACACUAUCUUUUUAUGCACCUAUGAAUUCUGUGGUGCUUGCUGUACAUUAUAAUUAUUACACUGUGUUUUUCACUGAACCUAUGAAUUCUAUGGUCCUGUACAAUUACAAGGAGUAGGUGCUUUGAGUACCACUAGGCAUUCUGCAGUAUAUGUUGUGAAGUAAUAAAGAUGAAUUAAUGUCCCCCAAAUAGACAUGUAAUAUGUACCAAAAACAGUGUAAAAGAAGAAUGUGCAAUUAAGACACACACUUCUAAAAUAA